AAAACCAAAAUCAAAAUCUCCAAAUUUUCUCACUCUGCGAAAAGCAAUUGACGAAAAUGGCUGAAGCGAAGAACACCACCUUUGAUUCUAUCAGGGAAUGGGUCGUCGAUCACAAGCUUCGCACUGUUGGAUGUUUGUGGCUAAACGGAAUAGCGGGUUCAAUCGCCUACAAUUGGUCCCAACCCAACAUGAAAACCAGUGUUAAGAUCAUUCACGCUAGGUUGCAUGCACAAGCACUGACACUUGCUGCAUUGGCUGGAGCUGCAGUCGUUGAGUACUACGACCACAGGACUGGAGCAAAGCAAGAGCGUGUUGCGAAGUUUCUCAAUCUGGAUAGAAAUUCACAUAAAGAUUGAAGCCAGGACUUACAUUAAACAUUCAUGAGCAACAUAUCUCAAAUAUCAUUUCUCUCAAUGUCCUGUAUUGUAGUUGGCAGCGUUGUCGCUGGACAGUCUGAUCAACCACAGUUUUGUUAGCUUUUAAUAGCAUGCUUAAACUUUCAAGGAGGAUAGUCAGUUUCUGUAUCCAGGUUCUUCAUUGUCUUGCUAUAGUAUAGGUUUUGUAAUUCUAAUAUUUGAUUUCAAUACUAGUUUUUGUCAAAUAAUUUCACUAGGGUCUGUUUGUCCUUUAUGGAAAAUGAUGGUUUGAUUGAAAA